AUGAGCAAUACAAGCGGAAAGAGCCGAGACCUUUGGUCACAGAUCAUUUUUCUCGACAGUGCACACAACGGGAAGUUUACAAAAGAAGCAUCCCUGAAACUGGACCGGUCGGGUAAUUCUUGCCGGAUCAAGCUCAUUUUUCCCCCUAAAGCGGAUGCCAAGUGGCUAAGGAAGAGUUAAAUACCUUCGCGAUCAUUACAUCACUCUAAUUGAAGGAUACUUCCGCUGAUUUUGAACCUUUAAACUGUUUUACUAUUCAAACUUCAUGUUUGCUUAAACAACGUUCAUGGGAAAAGAAUUUCUCAGUAUGUUUAUCAAUAAUUCAAAAUUUUACAAGCUUAGGGACAUUGAAUUCUUCAAACAUGAUACAAUUGUACUAAAACAUCAUGGUUAGACUAUAAAAUAAAGAUUUUCAUACCGAACUUUAUCUUAAUCGAGUUGCCAUCGCCAAAAGAGUUUGAAGUUGAACUAAAAGGUUCAGUGUUAGCAGAAGAAAAUGAAGUUGAAAGUUUUUUUUGCAGUGAGUAUACCAGAACUUGAAGUGCCAGGUUUUUUUUAGCCUGAUGUUACUUUUAAGUUCUAAGUUUGGAUUUGACUUUUGUAAAUCUGGGGACCGAGUUUCAUGAAACGAGUUUUCUUGACGAAUACCUGCAGGUAGUGCUUGAUCACGGUUUAAAAAACUGUUGUUUGCCUGGAACAAUUUAUCCAGAUCUUUUUAUCGUUUUAUAUACAGCCCAAAGUCCCGAAAUGCACAGGUAUAGGAAGGGUCAGUUACGGAAGGUUGUCGCUUAGAAGAAUCGAACUACAGAGGGUCUCUUCCUAGAGGUCCUGACAUAUCUAUUUUUUGUCGUAGAAUUUAUUUCUUGCAAUUUCUAAGUUAUGUAUACGUGCAGUUUUGUUUUGACUUUCAAAGUUCUUCUUAUAGUCUGAGUGGCAUAGUACAUACAGCGAGCAACUAGACAGCAUUAUGCGUCAAUUGGAAAAAAAUGGAAAACUACGAUACUAUAAGUACAAAACAUGACCGAAGUCGCGUGUGAGAGGUGAUCGUUCACGAGAGGUUCUAAUCAUUGAGUACGGACUGGGAAAAGAAGUUUUCUGGGUAGAUGGUCGCUUCUUAUGGGAGGUGGUGGCUCACGAGAGGUUCUAAUCAUUGAGCAUUGACUGGGAAUAAAAGUUCUCUCGGUUGGGUGGUCGCGUCUUAUGAGAGGUGGUCGUUUACAAAUUCGAAUUUUGACUGAUUUUUUUUUUUGUUUCUGCUUAUCAUAUCUCUUUUCUUUGUUCCUAGACUGUUUUCGUCUUUUUGUUUGCGGAGGAAGUGUACUCUCUCAGACUUAUUUACGAGGGUGCAAGGAGCAAUGACAGAAGAUGCAAUUAUGAUGGGCGUUAUGUGAGAAUAAACCUGAAGGAAUGUCGUGAAAAUAAUAAUUCGCGAAACGAAUGUCCAGCAUUUGCGGAUGACGAAACGAGCAAGAAUUUCAACACAAGUAAGUUGGCGGGUUUUCUUGAUGUCGUUCUACUGCUCUCAGCCACUUUUUAUCUCAAAAUUAUUUUAAGACGGCAGAAAAUUUCAAAUUUUAUUACCGCCACUGCGGGGAUCCUGUGGUCUAGCCGAAUUCUUAUGUUAUUGGCGAUACAACAUGAUAUCCGACACACCCACCCACACUCGGUAAAGUCUUUUUCACUCCUUCUAGAAAUAUUAAAUUUUGCAGUGUUAUUCUUUUUUUUUUCCUAAGGUUGAAUAAUUGAAAAUUUGUCCCUUAUCAACCCAUUUGGCUCUCUCUGGUUUGAUCAGGAAUGUGUCACCACUUGCCAAAAAAUUCAAGUGUGAGAUUUUCUAAAAGGCACUGGUGCUAUGUCAUAAAGCUUAUGUAUUGGUGUUAUGUUUCUGCAGAUUUUACGUUGGAAAGUGGAAAAAAAAGUGGAAAAAAGAGAUGCAUCUCUUUCAACAACACCUAUUCACUUACGGUACAAGGAAACAAUGUCAGCUUCGUGGUGAGUGAAAACACUAAAGACUGACUCCCUCUGCAAAGCCCUGCCGUAGGAACGUGGGUCAGCUUACUCAUGAUUUACAACUGAUCGAAGACACCUACAUGGGCAAAAUGAAAUCUAUGAGUCUGUUAUUUGAGAAAAGUUAGAACGCAGUUUAAAGUUGUUAGCUCUCAAAAGUUGUUUACAACUAUUUUUAAGGAGAGUUCUCGGCGGGAAAAUGUAAAUGCCCCGAGAAUCGCCGGGACAUUUUCGGAAGUACUACCCGUUGCACUACCGCAAUAGAUGCAGGGAAUUUCUUGCUUUCGGAUUGGCUGUAUUCUUUAUGGCAUGGGAUAAAUUGACGUAUGAAUGGUUAUUGCAUGGAUGCUAUUUAUAUUUUUAGUUAUGUUACUCUAAAUUCUGUAAAGCCUUUUCACUCAUAUGGCCUACACCUAUGCAAAGUUAUUGGAACAAAAGGACGUUUUCACAUAGGAAAAAGUUUCAACUCCCACGGUAAUGGUUAGGAAAGCAACAAUGCCGCCUUUCUAUUGCUUUUGGGACACUAAUAUGGCGGAAGUGUCGUCAUGUAAAAAUGCGCUAUUUAAAACCCAAAAGACAUUCAAUCGGAUUCGUUGGUGAAAAGUCUUGCUGGAAGAGCAUUCCUAAGAAUCCCUUUCUGAUACUUAUAUGUCUAUCGUAAUUGAUAAUAAUCGUCAUUAUUAUAUGGCUGAGUCUGUUUUCGCCACGCGAUUGGUCAAUUUGCGGUCCGUAACUUGCCAUACGGACCUAAAUUUUUAAAGAAAACGCUGAAUUCGGAGCUCUUAAUCUCUUUACCUCGGAAAAAAGGUUUAAAUAAAGUUAUAAGACGCCUGUCAACCUUUAGGACUUGGAUGUUGACUUUGGCCUUCAACAUUUUAAACUGUAUUUAUUUGUGAACGAAGGCGAUGAAAAAACUAACUCGUAAUCUUAUCGAAGAGGAUUCUAGUCAGUGUUUGAAAAUUUUAUCGUAGUACACAGUUAAGAAGACGAAAAUCGACUGGCAGAGAUUCGAGAUGUUUUGCCUAAGAGAAAAUGAGUAAUUCCUUCGACAAUUAUGAUAACAAACACACCUGCACCCGAUCAUCUUGACAAGCUUCUUUGCCAUUUGCCGUGUUUUUUCAAAGACCAACGAAAGAAAGAUAGAAACGAGUUCGAGCCAGACAUGUCCAGUUUUCAAAAGACUCCAGCGUCACAUAAACGAGUGAAUACUUACAGUGCUGUUAGUUUUGACUGUAAACAUUGAGGACUGGGAUGUUGACUUUGCCUUUCCAAAUUUUAACCUAACUUUGUUUUAAUGAGAACGAAGGUGAUGUAGAAACUGAAUCGUAACCUUACCGAGGAAGAGAAUGCUAGUCAGUGUUUGAAAAUUUUAACGCAGAUCACAACUGAAGACGAGAAUGAACCGGCAGAGAGGUUUUCCCAAAAACAAUUAACGAGGGAAUCCUUCGACAAUGACAACAAACUUACCUUGAAAAGCUUCUUUGCCUUUUGCAGUGUCUUUUUUUUUAAAAGGACAAACGGAGGAAAGAUGGAAAAGACUUCUAGACAGACACAGUGUCCGGUGUCCAAAAUACUCCAGCGUUAUAUUAAAGAGCUAAAACUUACAGUGCUCUCAGUUUUGACCGAAUAAACUUUUUCAACAUGUUGAAUUUGUUUUUACUUUCUCGGAAAGCCUUUGUUAUGUGCUAUUGUUUUCGUGCGCCAAUAAAAACUAUCUUUUUUGACGCCUGUCAAAUGAAUGUCAAAACGUGCGUCCUGCACUUGUUUCCGGUCCCCCAAACAGGAAGAAGCCAUGUAAUAAACAUUUAUUAGCCGAGUUUUUUCGGUCCUUACUGUAAAUUACGGAUCCUCUUUUUUUCCAUCGAUUUAUGGCCCGCGCGCUUCGCGCUUAGGCCAUAAAUCGAUGGAAAAAAACGAGGAUCCGUAAUUUACAGUACGGACCGAAAACUCGGCUAAUAAUAGGUAUGUAGUAAAAACUUCAUCAUUGAAUUGUUACAUAUAGAAGAUACAAUCGAUCUUUUUUGCUUUUUCAGAAUGUUUCCUGUCAAGAUAAUGUCAAUAAAGUAUUUUGGUUUAAUCAUUAUGAAAAACUCGACAGUGAGUAUGGACAUUAUCAUGUGUUUUACUACUACAAACGUAAACAAGGAAAAAGGUUAAUGUGCCUUACUCGCGGCUGUACUGGAACCUUGAAUGUAACUAGUGUUAACUCAGUAGAAGACAGAAAAUGCCCCUUCAGGUUCCACUCUAAUAAUUCAUGAUAAGUUAAUGUGACAGAACAGAAUGGGGUUUUGUUUACUGUAGGACAUAAUUCUAUAUCAAUUUAUUAAGGUAAUUUUCCUAUUUUUAAAGUCUUUUUUACUUGUAACUUUAAAGUUGUAUCGCAUUUCAUAGAAAGAAGUGAACUGGAUAUUUAAAGCUAUGGUGCAACCGGUAAUAUUUCUUACACUAGUCACUAACAUUGGCAGUGUACAUUACCAGUUAAUUCAUUAUUACAUUUAUUCUCCGCCAUGGUAAUGAAUAAGCAAGCUAAAAAUAAGAGGAUCUUGAACGCUGGCCGUCUGUUUGCAGUUCCAUGGCGGCCGAUAAGGAUAAUUAUACCAAUGCAACCAACACGACAGUGACACGACGUUCUAACAGCGAACAGUAUCGCGUGAUUGCCAAAGCUAAUAGUCAAUUGAUCAAAGGGCACGAUACUGGGACAGGGGAGGGGGGGAUACUUGCGUUAAUUUUUGCUGGGUGUGUGCCGCUGGCCUCUCAGAACCCCUACCCCAUUAUAGUAGUCUGUAUUCUGUGGCCAGUUGUAGACCCCAUCCUCGUCACCUUUGGGCAAAUAUGUAAUUUUCGCGAUCCCAACUAAGUCACCUUAAUUUCUAUUUUUAUGAAUUGACCCAUGUUUUAGAUUGAAUGAAGAACACUUUACUUUUCUCCUACAGUGCAAACAUUCUGGUACGUUUGCUAGCCGUACAUAAAUGGAGAACUAGUGUCUUAUCCCCAAAAAUUCGAAAUUGUGCGACCCCAUUAUAGUCACUCCAGUGGUGAAAAUGCGACGGCAUCCAGCGGCACAUCCCAUCAGCCUCUUAUAAGGAAGUACGUACCCCCCCUUGGGUAUUGACUGCGUUAAGUAGUACAUAACUUCAUACGAAACGCCUGGCGAAGACUCCCCACCUCCUGAAGACGAGGUUUGAAGAUUCCAUGAGAAAAAGGUGGUGAUACUGGCCGGAAAAAACUAAAAUCAAACCAGACGAAAGCCAUGCAGACCUGCGCGUUGCAAUUGUCAGCUGCAUUGUUCAACCUCUAAAUAAUUAACAAAAGUAGAAUUUAGGACAACCAUGUAGCCAGUGUAGCUGUAAAUUAUAUUGCAAUAAAGAGAGCAGUUAUUAUUAAACUAUUUUCUCUCCUCUCUUCUUUUUUGCUUACCUUUUCUUGACAUCCCGUGAAGUGAUACUUGAGCAGCAAAACAGAAUUUUAAUGGCGGUCCAUUCCCUAUAAGUAAUACCUAAUUCUAUAACUAUGUGACGACGAAUAUCCGAGCCCUUUCAUUCUGGAGCUAAUCAUUAAGCAACAGUCAUCAGUGUCUCAGUUUGUCCAAAAUGGUGACAGUGAGGCAAAACUGAAGUCCACUGAAGGAUGUGCAUGAAUGAUAUGUUCAUUGUAAACGGGGCUUACUUACAGUAAGCUUCGUUGACAACAACAAGAACAAACAGCAAAAGCUGAUUUCCAGGCCGGCGCGUAGGCAAACACGCAUUACAGAAGCAAGUUGGUGUUCCCUGGGGAUGCAAAAUGUCACAAAUUUAUAGAGAAUAAUUUAUUUCGUAAAAAUUUACACAAUGCAGCUAUUUUUACAAUAUAUGUUGGUGCGAGGUUUGGAGAAUAAUUAAUAUUGGUUCUAAAAUAUUUACACACAAAUUAAGGAAUCUGAGUGAUCCAGCAGAAGGCAAAGAGGCAUGUUUGCCUUUAAACUCGGAAAGCUAUCGUGCUGUUUUGCCUGGUAAGAAAGAUUGUUCCAGCGCAUUGCACCACUAUACUUAAAACUACGAGUGAGGAAAUUUGUUUAUGGCCUUGGAAGUGCUAGAUCAUUUUCAAGAUUCCUAAGAUUAUGAUUGGUGCUAUUAUGGUUGAAUUUUGUAAGGAGCUGUUAGAUGGAGACAGAUUGAUCGUUAAGUCAGUUUUAUACAUUAGGGUAGCCUUGACAAGUGGACGACUGGUUUCGAGGUUUUUCCAUUUCAAAUUAUCAUUUACAAGCACAUCUACAUGUACCGAUCUAAUGCCGUAUGAUAUGAUAAACACGUUAAUCAUAAAGAGAGUACCUGAGACCCAGACAUUAGAGUUUCAAGGUUCCAGUUGGACUGGUCGUUUACUAAUUGUGAGGGGUGCCGGUUAUUUGGGAAAGUUUAAAAAUAUUUCAAACCGACCUCCCCAUUUCAUCAUAGCUUUGUAGAAAUGACCUCCAUUGCUGUGGAUACUACGAAUAUUCUAGCUACAAAUCUUGUCGAAGCUAAGUUCACCACAUACAGUCGAACCUCCAUAAGCGACUACCUGUCGCGACCACCUCCCAUAAACGACCGUCAAUCCAAAACACCAAAAUUUUCUCAGUCAAGGCCUUACAGUUGGUGCCUCUGUUAAACGACCACCUCAUGUAAGCGACCGCGACCGCCUUUGGGGCCUGAAAGCUUAAUGAUUUUUAACCUCUUGUAAGCGACCACCUGACGCAUUUUCUGAUCUCUAUGUUCGCUGUGUGCUCUGUGCUACUUUUGAAUUUACGAAGAACUUUAGUGACAAAAUGAAGUACACAUGGCGUAACUUAGACAUUGCAUGGGGGGAUUGCAAUAGAUCAUCUUCCAUAAAGUAGAUGUGCCAGGACCUCUUCUCGGAUGAGGCCCCUUAUGGUUCGAUUCUUAUAAACGACCAGCUCCCGCAAGCGACCACUAAGUCUUUGCAUUUUGGGUGGUCGCUUACGGGAGGUUUGACUGUACUUUAUCUGCAGUAGUGUUUCUAAGGGGGUGUUUACAUGAGAAAACUCGCACCGGCGCGAGUUUCAUACCGGGAUGACUUUUUUUAUUUCGUAUCGCGUUUACAUUAUUACUGGGUCAUUUCAUAUCUCGUUACUUGAAGGUACACUUCAUGCUGAUAAAAUACACGUAAGAUUCAAAAUCGAAAACAUUUCGCAUCAGCUACCCGUUCCAGUCUACCGGCAGACCGAUUUCGCACCAAAACGUGUGGUCGUUUCACGUUUACAUGAUACUGUUGCGAGAAUUCGUACCGGAGUGAAAUUCUCGCCCCGGUACAACAACCGGGGUGACUCGAUCCGACAUGACAUUUUGUGGUGGUAUCAUGUAACAAAUGUAGAGCCAUGAGAGGGAACCGGAGUGAACUCACUCCGGCGCGAAAGUCGCGUCAGCCCCUAAGAUCGGCGUGUACCAUUCCCGGCUGUCGAAUUUAAUUUCAAUUUUGCUACUGCGUUUGCAUUACUUUCAUGAAAUUUAUUAAAAUGGCCCUCCAGGUAACGCUCCCUUAUCUGAAAAGUACCACCCAAAAUCAAUCAAGAUAUUGAAAAUAUUAAUGUUCCCACGGACAUUUUAGCCUGCGCUGUCGAAGGCGGCUUUCUUCUUAAAAACAGAGAAUCCAACAUGGGGGACAACGCACAGCUUAAUAUGUUCCACGUCGAUCCAGCAGAAAAUCCAAAAGAAGGAAGCUGUACGAGGUAAAGAGAAUAAUCGAGUGGCGGAAAACCAAACACGUGAGUCGAUUUUUUCGUGUCAAUCCUGA